CAUGUCCCCCAGCUACAGGGUCCGCGCUUUCACAUUCUCCAAGUCUCAGCUUGGUCGGCACGAUGGAGCUCUCCAUCGCCCCCGGUGAGGCGGCGAUUGUGCUCUUUGUCCUGACUUUUCUGGGCACUCUGCGGCCCGCAUGGAGAUUGCUCCGGACGAGAUCAAAAUCCCCGACUUUUGAAGACAUUCGGCAUGAGGACAAAGAUGGAGCGGCCACAAAAGAGUCCAUGGCGCAGUUCUCGAAUAAGCGCGCUUUCAUCGUGCUCUUUGUGUUUGGACUAUGUGGACUGGGACUGUCAUUCGCAGACCUGGUGAUCGCUGCGGUCAACGCGCAUGGAGGGAACAAUGUCGCCGUGGGAAUCUGGCUGCUACCGCCAGCAUGGUUGUUCCUGCUGGUGCAACUUACAGACACCAUCCGCGAGGCACAGCCGGUUGCGAGAUUUGAGAGUGCCAUGUGGAAGCAAGUUACAACCGUUAUGAUUGGAGGCAUCGCCUUCGACGCUCUAGCCAGCGAGUACGCCCACAGCAGCAGUCGAGGUACUGCUGCAACGCUUCUAGUCGGUCUUCAGCUGCCCACCGUCCUGGUCCUCUUGGGAGCCUUUUGGUCCGUGAAGCGGCGACCGACCAUCUUCACCCCCGAAGGCAAGGAGGUUGACCAAGAGAUGACGGUCAGUCUGUGGGACCGCUUCACAUUCCGAUGGGCUCCUGGUAUCAUGGCUGCUGGAUCCAAAGAAGCGUUGGAAUUCGACGACUUUCCCGCCAUGAAUCAUGCUGUUCGCUCGAACGAAGCCACUGAUGACUUUAGCGACAUAGCCUUGAGCAGCUCCCUGCCAUUGUGGAUUCGCGUCGCUUGGCACUUUCGUGUCCAACUCAUUCGCCAGUGGAUUGCCAUCCUGGUUUCCAAUUUCUUCGACAUCGGUCCGUCUUUGGCCAUUUUGCAACUGCUUCAGUACCUGGAGACACGAGAGCUCUCAGAUGCGCUUGACCCAACUGCGUGGAAAUAUGUCUUGACAAUUGGUGCGGCCACUGUGGCCUCAACCCUAGUGGACUCGCGAAUCAUGUGGUGGGAGAAAGGCUAUAUUGUUGACGCUCUGCGAUCGACUUUGACGGGUCUUGUCUAUCGCAAGUUACUGAAAAAGAAGCUCAGCGCGGAUCCCCCCAGGGAGGAAGAAAAGGAAAAAGAAGAGCCUGACAAGGAUGGCCCCUCCAAGUCCGAAGAAGACAUUAUCAACAUGUUCUCAGUUGACUGUAACCAAAUCGCCAUGUUUGCAUCCGAGAGCUCCCGAUACGUGAACAUUGUGGGGAAAAUGCUAGUGACAGUGACAUUUUUGUGGCUUCUCAUCGGCUGGCAAAGCUUGUGUGCUGGCCUACUUGGAAUUGCGGUACUCUUCCCCAUCAACCAAGCUUUAGCCAGGCGGUAUGGUAAGAAGCAAAAGGCCCUCAUGGCCGUUCGUGAUAAACGAACCGCCAUGACAACGGAAGCCCUGCACGGCAUCCGCCAGAUCAAAUUCUCUGCGGCUGAAGACCAGUGGACCAAGAAGCUUGAAGCAGUACGUGAAGAGGAGCUGGCCGUGUUGUGGAGCAGCCGAGUGGACAAUAUCUACAUGACCAUUGGGUCCGAAUUUUCUCCCGUGGUUUUGACAUCCUUGUGUCUGGCGACAUAUUCGUACGUCUACGGUAGCUUACUACCCUCCGUGGCUUUCACAGCAAUCAGUCUCUUCCGCCAGCUGGAAGGGAUUGUUGCACAUAUUCCGUACUUGAUGGUGGCAGCCAUCACCGCCAAGGUGAGCUCCGACAGAAUCGACAAAUUUCUUCACUCGCCAGAGAAAGGCGAAAACACGCAUCCAGGGGAGGCUGUCUCGUUCCAUAGCGCUUCCGUGAGUUUCCCCUGCGACAAUCCGGAUUCCUUGACCGAUCGGUUUACGCUGCGAAAUCUCAACUUGGUAUUCCCGAACCAUGCGCUGAGCGUCAUCUCAGGCCCAACUGGAUCUGGAAAGUCCCUACUUCUGGCAGCCAUUCUCGGAGAGGUCGAGGUUCUCAAUGGCUACGUCCAUGUUCCACGAGAGGCUUUCCCCCGGGAGCGCUUUGACAGCAAGGCCACGGCUGGGCACUGGAUUCUUCCAACUGCUAUCGCCUUUGUUUCCCAGACCCCAUGGAUCGAAAACGCGACCAUCAAGAACAACAUCCUGUUCGGUUUGCCAUUCGACCCGGUCCGAUAUGGUCAGGUGAUCGAUGCCUGUGCGUUGACUGCUGAUCUGGCCUUGUUCGAGGAUGGAGAUGAAACCGAAGUGGGCGUCCAGGGCGUCAGUCUCAGUGGCGGGCAGAAAUGGCGACUGAGUCUGGCCCGCGCCAUUUAUUCGCGUGCCGGAAUCCUGAUUAUGGACGACGUCUUUAGCGCGCUCGACGCCCAUGUGGGCAAGCACGUUUAUGAGAACGCAGUCAUGGGCGAGCUUGCAGAGGGCCGAACUCGGAUUCUCGCUACCCAUCAUGUGUCGUUGUGUUUGCCAGGAGCAAAGUACGCCGUCAGCUUGUCUGCUGAUGGGACGCUCAAGCACGCGGGUACUGUGGACGAACUGGAGGCUGAUGGCGAGCUUGAAUCUAUCAAAGAGGCAGAGGAGCGGGAGAUCCUUAUUGAAGAAGAGGGCCCGAUAACCCCGGCUGCCCCUGCCACCCUCGCCACCAAGGCUCCGCCCAAGAAACUCAUCGAGGACGAGAAGAGAGCGACGGGUCGCGUCGCAACAUCUGUCUAUUCUGGUUAUCUCAAAGCCACCGGAGGAUGGCCAUUCUGCAUCCUUCUGUUCGUGAUUUUCACCCUGGCCGAGUCAUUGAACCUGGGUCGGACCUACUGGGUACGAAUCUGGGCGAAUUCCUAUGGGGACACCGAGGGAGUGUCACAGUACAUGGUGUGUCCUUAUAGAAACACCGCGCAGAUAUCGCUGGCAGGCUAUUCGACGCAAACCCUGUGUUCAAGCAGCUCCAAGAGCCUUCCCAUUGACAUUACUCACCGCAGCGUCUGGUUCUAUCUGGGGAUGUAUUGUCUGAUCUCAACUGUGUCAGUGGUCGUUGCGGUCAGCCGUCUUUUCAACAUCUCCGCUGGAUCUGUUCGCGCGUCGCGGUCGAUCUUCAAGGCUACGCUGCAUAGUGUCUUCCGGGCACCUCUUCGUUGGUUCGAUACGGUCCCCACAGGACGGAUUCUCAACCGAUUCACGGGGGAUUUCACCUUGCUGGACUCGAACCUCUCAGAGGUGUUCUAUUACUUUUCAUCGGCAAUUUGGGAGCUAAUUGGAAUUAUGGCCGCCGCGGCUUUCAUCUCGCCGUUCAUGAUCUUGGUCGCGCCUCCCUUGUUGGUCACGUGCGCCCUCAUCGGACGAAAAUACAUUGGUGCUGCACGCACCGUCAAGCGACUUGAAUCGAACAGCAAGUCCCCGGUGAUUUCUCAUUUUGCUGCCUCACUCAACGGCCUUUCUACCAUCCGGGCUUUCUCAAAGUCCGACGAGUUUGCACAGCGGAUGUACAAACUUAUCGACACAUACGCUGCCUGCACGUGGUAUUCGGGUCUCUUGGGUAGCUGGCUCAGUCUAUGGGUGGGACUCGUUGCCUCUUUGUUUCCAGCCGCUAUAGCCGCGUUUGUAAUUAUGACCCCUGGCACCGACGCCAGCUUAGCUGGGUUUGCACUUUCAUUUUCAGUGACGUUUCAUUUUAUGACCGCCUGGACGAUCCACAUUGCCACACGGCUGGAGCUGUACAUGAACGCGACGGAGCGAAUUUUCGAGUACCGCGACUUGCAGGGAGAGAACCCGGAUGGGGAUAACAUCCGAGCUAGCUGGCCGGAGACGGGUAGGAUCGAAGUGAACGAGCUUGAGGUUGGAUAUGCAGAUGGAUUGCCUUCCAUCUUGAAGGGACUGACCUUUACUGCGGAGCCCAAUCAGCGGAUUGGUGUUGUUGGUCGAACUGGUGCUGGUAAAUCCACGUUGUCCCUUGCGCUCUUCCGGUUCCUACAAACUCGCAGCGGCAGUGUGGUCAUUGAUGGUGUCGAUAUCUCUAAGAUCCGACUUGACGAUCUCCGCACCCGUCUCGCCAUCAUCCCGCAGGACCCUGUUCUCUUCUCUGGCACCAUACGUUCCAAUUUGGACCCCUUGGAUCAAUACAGUGAUCACGAGAUCCGGGAAGCUUUGAUGCGCGUCCAUCUUAUCCCAUCUGGAGGCGACACGCCGCUCCCUAAGCCCAACCAGGUUGACAGCUCCGGCGCUAGUUCGACAAUCGCUGGUUCCGAGGAAAGCGGCAACGCCAACAUCUUCCUGUCUCUGUCUUCCCCUAUCACAGCGGGUGGAUCGAACCUUUCACAGGGACAGAAGCAGCUCCUUUGCCUCGCACGCGCCAUCCUCUCCCGACCCAAGAUCCUGAUUCUCGACGAGGCCACAUCUGCUGUCGACAUGGAGACUGAUAUCCUGAUCCAGCGGUCCAUCCGGGAAGCGUUUACGAACACUACUCUUCUGGUGAUCGCGCACCGUCUGAGUACGGUGGCGGACUUUGAUCGUAUUUUGGUGAUGAAGGACGGUGUGGCGGCGGAGUUUGGUACUCCCGGCGAGUUGGUAGAAAUGGAGGGUGGAAUUUUCCAAGAUAUGGUGAAUAAAAGUGGGGAGGAGGAGGAGGAGCUAAAACGGAUGAUGUUGGAAUAGAUAGACUUGUCUUUUUUCAUUGUGAUGUUUACAUAUUCACUAAAAUAUAACGAGGGCGUAAUUGAUUCAGCGGUAGCCUGCG